AUUCAGGCCCAAGAAAGUUCCGGCCCUGAGAAACCUUUCUACUGUAUCCUUAUCCUUACUCACCUUCCUUUUUGCAUGUUCAGUAUCACUUGCUAUCCUCACAGCCUUCUACAUUGCGACAUCACCAAACUUACCUUUUGAUACCCACUACAUCCCCCACCCCACCUGUUGUUUUCCCAAUGCUUCAAGUACCAAUGCGGGAACAUACCAACGUGGCCUCCACCAAGGCUAUUAUCUUAGUCGGCGGUCCAUCCAGAGGAACCCGUUUCAGACCUCUGUCCCUCGAUGUGCCCAAGCCUCUUUUCGAAGUUGCCGGACAUCCUAUCAUCUAUCACGGCCUCAAAGCCCUCGCCAAAAUCCCCGAUAUCCGAGAUGUGUACCUCGUCGGCUACUACGAUGAAACAGUCUUUCGCGACUUCAUCAAAGACUCCGCCAAGGAGUUCCCCCAAUUCCGCAUUCAAUAUCUGCGAGAAUACACAUCUCUAGGCACCGCUGGCGGUCUCUACCACUUCCGUGAUGCCAUCCUCAAGGGCAAACCGGAGCGCAUCUUCGUACUUAAUGCCGACGUCUGUUGCUCUUUCCCGCUUGGGGAGAUGCUGAGGCUGUUUGAGGAGAAGGAUGCAGAGGCUGUCAUUCUUGGAACCAGGGUGAACAAUGAUGCCGCCACCAACUUCGGAUGUAUAGUUUCCGAUUCGCAUACCAAGCGAGUGCUUCACUAUGUCGAGAAACCCGAAUCGCAUAUCUCCAACCUGAUUAACUGCGGUGUAUAUCUGUUUGCGACCGAGUGCAUUUUCCCUUCCAUCCGCAGUGCCAUCAAACGCCGCACAACCAGGCCCCGUCUGGUAUCCUACCCAUCCUCUGAGAAUCUAGAAUCGUCAUUCAUCGCUGCCGAGGAAGACACGGAGAAGAGCGAAGUCCUCCGCCUGGAGCAGGACAUUUUGUCAGACCUUGCCGACAGCAAUCGCUUUUUCGUCCACGAAACGAAAGACUUCUGGCGCCAGAUUAAGACUGCCGGCUCAGCCGUCCCUGCCAACGCUCUCUACCUCCAGAAGGCCUUCCAGGCCCAAUCCGACGAACUUACCCCUCCUUCCGCGACCAUUGUUCCCCCAGUCUUCAUCCACCCCUCCGCAACAGUGGAUCCCACAGCGAAGCUGGGACCCAAUGUUUCGAUUGGUCCCCGUGCGAUUGUGGGUGCGGGAGCCCGUGUCAAGGACUCGAUUGUGCUCGAGGAUGCUGAGAUCAAGCAUGACGCUUGUGUGAUGCACUCGAUCAUAGGAUGGAGCAGCCGUGUCGGUGCCUGGGCCCGUGUCGAGGGUACCCCUAUUGCGAAUGGAACGCAUUCCACCAGCAUCGUGAAGCACGGCGUCAAGGUACAGAGCAUCACCAUCCUGGGUAAGGAAUGUGCCGUUGGUGACGAAGUACGGGUGCAAAACUGUGUUUGCCUGCCGUACAAGGAACUCAAGCGUGAUGUCGCCAACGAGGUCAUUAUGUAAACUUACGUGGAAUCGGGUAACGUUGGGUGGUCUCGUGAACAUACAUUGUGGUCCAUACUUUUCCUCCUAUAUGUUGAAUUUAAUAUAAUUUCCUACAUUAGCCUGACUCGUUAUGAACUAUACCUCUGGCAAGCCAUGGACUUUGUUUGCCCUCAUUAGUAUUGACUACGUGGUUCAUAUGGUCAAGCCCAAUAUUGUGCUCUAGACUACGGUUGCUUCUCCGAGAAAAAAAAAAUAUUUAGAGAAAUAGUACAAUGAUUAU